AAACCAAUUAAAAACCCCAGGACCAUCUUUGCACUGGUUUUAAAACAUAAGGGCUUGAAAGUAAUAUUCGGCAGAACGCGAAUUCUCUGGAAGUACAAAAACCCUGCAAACACCCGCCUGCCUUUAGAACAACUCCGCAAAACCCACAACUAAGAGAAUAAGAGUCUUCUUUCUCUCUCUUCUUUCUCUCUCCUCUUCCGGUAGAAGAUAUCCAUGGCUGCUGAUGCCUCUGAUGCUCUUGCAGUUAGGGAAAAAGUUCAGCGUUACUUGAAUGCAGCCCGGACUGGAAAUCUGGACCUCCUUAAAAAAUUAGCACAUCAACUUGAUGAUGGAAAGGGGUUAGCACAAACUGUAGCAGAUGUGAAGGAUGCUAACAAGAGAGGGGCUCUGCAUUUUGCUGCGAGGGAGGGUCAGAUUGAUGUUUGCAAGUACUUGCUUGAAGAUUUGAAGAUGGAUGCUAAUACCAAGGACGACGAUGGAGAGACUCCUCUUCUUCACGCAACGAGGCAAGGGCAUUCCGACACUGCGAAAUAUCUUUUGGAUCGUGGCGCUGAUCCUUCUAUACCGAGUGAAUUAGGGACCACUGCUCUGCAUCAUGCUGCAGGAUUGGGAGAUAUUGAGUUGUUAAAAUUCUUACUGACCAAGGAUGUAGACGUUGAUUUGCAAAGUGACGCCGGUACUCCACUUAUAUGGGCCGCUGGUCAUGCCCAGCAAGAGUCCGUUGAAGUUCUACUUGAACAUAAAGCCGAUCCAAAUAUUAAAACCGAGGAUGAUAUUACUCCUCUACUAUCAGCUGUUGCAGCAAAUUCAUUGCCGUGUUUGGAGUUGUUAAUUAAGGCAGGUGCAAUAGUGAACAUUGCUGCAGGUGGAGCAACACCUUUGCACAUUGCAGCUGAUGGCGGUAACCCAGAAAUUAUAAGCUGCUUAUUACAAGCUGGAGGCGAUCCUAAUGCUGCCGAUGAGGAUGGCUUGAAGCCGAUACAGGUGGCAGCUGCCCGAGGGAACAGAGUGGCUGUUGAAAUUCUUCACCCUGUAACAUUGCCACUUUCUUCAGUACCUGAAUGGAGUGUUGAUGGAAUUCUUCAACACAUGCAACGUGAAACAGGGAUAAUAGAGGGUAAAAAUGAAGGAUUGGAGGAAUCUAACAAAGUGAAGGAUAUUGCACCACCCAAGCAAGAUAUACCGCAGGUGUCCGCCGAAGCGAAGAAGAAAGCUGCUGAAGCAAAGGCCAGGGCUGACGAUGCUUUUAGGAGGAAAGAUUAUAUGACUGCAGUUGAUGCUUAUACACAGGCAAUAGAUUUCGACCCGAGUGAUGGUACAUUGCUAUCGAAUAGAAGUCUGAGCUGGUAUCGUUUGGGACAAGCUGAACAUGCUUUAGCUGAUGCCAAAGCAUGUAAAGCUCUUAAGCCCGAUUGGCCCAAAGCUUACUAUCGUGAGGGUGCUGCCCUUCGUCUACUAGAGAGGUACGAAGAUGCAGCGAAUGCAUUCUACGAGGGCGUAACGCUUAACCCCGAUAACAUGGAGCUUGUAACUGCUUUCAAGGAAGCUGUUGACGCUGGAAGAAAAUUUCACGCUUCAAAGCAGCAGCCGAAAUCUUGAUUAAGAUCUCAGUUUUGUUUGUUUAGUGACGUGUUAGUUUCAGACUCUAGUCAUUCUUUACUGGGCUUAUGUUUUAUGUCGGAUGACUUUAUUAUAUUUUUAUUUAAAAACAUUAAGGGUUAUUAGGUCCGGCGAAUAGAAAAAAUAUAACAUCUGUGCUUGUUUUCUAUGAUUUUCAAAAGCUUGAAGUUUGUC